GUAAUUUUCCCCCUUUUCUGCACAAUAUGCCGCGCAACAGACACGCAGCACCACAACUAUCGCCGCUGCGCCGUCUACUCCUCACUCUGGCCCUCCUGGUCUCAACUGCUGCUGGCACAAUACUCCAGAAAGUUCAGAACAGGACAUGCAUUGAAAACUGUAGUCCAGAGGACACAGAGACACCAGUUUACUUUGAGCAGCCCGUUUUGCAGACGAUUUUUAUGUUUGGUGGUGAGUUUCUGUGUUUAGCUGUUCCACUAUACCAGGCCCUGCGUACAAAGCGCGCAUCAGUAAAGCGGGUCGGUGUCGCUGGUAGUGCUGCGGAGGCACUGCUGGAGGGCUCAGGUGCUGCACAUACUGUGGAAGCGCCCAGUACACAAGAAUUGCCGUCUAUGAAAGGCAUAGAGUAUCUCGCCCUUUGGAUCCCAGCGGCUAUGGACGUCAUUGAUUCGGCGCUGAUGUUUGCUCUAUUCCUCUACGUUCCCCCGUCGCUGUUUCUGAUUUUACGCGGGCUAGGCGUGGUGUUUGCUGGGAUUCUAGCAUCCAGGUUCCUCGGCCGCACGCUUUCGCCCAAGCAGAUAGCAUCGCUGGCAAUAGUUUUUUCCGGCGUUCUCAUCAGCAUGGCUCCCGAUACUACGUCCCGCGAAUCGACCCCCACCACCGUCUCCACACAGGGCAGCGUGGCACUAGGAAUCCUGCUCGCCCUCGUUGCCCAAUUUUUCGGCGGCGCGCAGGGCGUCGUUGAAGAGGCAAUAUUUGCACAUUACGCAAUCGAACCCAUCUUGCUAGCAGGCUUCGAAGGCAUGUUUGGGCUGGUCACGAUUGCUGGCUUCUUUUCCGUGUUCUAUUUGGUGACAGGAUCCAAGUACGCUGGCGGGCUUCUGGAUAUCCCGCUGGCCGUGCACCAGAUGGUAGCUACACCCCGUGUCUUGCAGACCAUGCUCAUGUUCUGGGUUAGUCGGGCCUUUGCAUACUAUUUUUCGCUUGCGUUUACUCGGUACAUGGGCGCGACAUCGAGACUGACCUGUCGACUUGUGCCGCACUGUGAUUGUGUGGACGAUAUCGCUAGCCAUGGGCUGGGAAGCAUUCAGCUAUGUUCGUGCUGUUGGGUUUUCCAUCUUAGUUUACGGCUAUGUCGCGUACGAUGGCUCCGCCAAGCUACCGUUCUUUGGCUAGCCAAAUUCUCUUAAUGCAGUGCCUCUUCCCCCUCUCACAUACGUCGCUAUACGCGCCAAGGAAGAUCACGCUCACGGACCAGCACAUCCCUUGCAGAUAUAUGCCAUUGUUCUGUGGCUUUAUAUUACAGUGAGAGUAAGACUCACUGCCUAAGAUAUUCAUAGUGACGUUGUCGUUUUCACACUGAGACACUGCAUAGUCCGAUUCCAAUAUUCCGUCACUCCCUCCAUCUUUUGUCUAUAACGUGUCCAUGCUGUCAAAAAUAAAAGCAAAUAGGACAUGGUGCUAAAAGGGCUUUAUAAUGAAC